AUGGGAACCACCACAAAGAAGUUCGAAAGUUUUGAACAACAAUUUGUUGAAUUAAUUUGUGAAUUCCAGUCAAUUACGUCUACUGGAGAUACAGCUUUGGCUUCUCAAGCUCUAUACUCUUACAUCGUAUCUCGUUUAGUGCUAUGUUCAGUGGUUUACUCCGGGGAAGAAAAGCAACGGUGUAGGAUGCGGGAACAAAGAAACGAAGGCUUUAGGACGUCUGAAAAUCAACUUCGAGAAGAGUUACGUAGCGAAGCAACGCGUGCAGAAGCGGCAGAAGCAGCCAAGGAUACCGCAGCUCGGGUGACGGCUGAGGCACGCGCUAACGCCGCAGCCGCCACCGCUGGCGCUACACAGGCUGCUAAAGCGCUCGCUACAGUACAAGAUGAAUUGUCCACUGUUAAAAUGGAACUUGAGUUAUCAGAACGCCAGCGAGUGCUUUUUGAGGAAAAAUGUACGGAAAUGUCAAAAAAAUUAAAUACAUUAGAGAGAGAAGUCCAGCAGUUACGCCCACUUCAAUCUACUGUUGUGAACUUACAGCGUCAGUAUAUAGAACUGCAAGAACGUACACAAAAUGCAACGGAAGAAGCACGAACGGAGGCAACUCGUCUCGAAACGGAACUGCGACGAGUAGAGCGGUGCGCCAACGCGGGCGCGGAGCUGCGCGAGCGCGCGCGCCUGGCGGCCGCCGCGCACGCGCGCGCGCGCCGCCUCGCCGCCGCCGAGCUGCGACACAAUAUACACGAGCUGCAUAAUGCUAAUGCUGAAAUAGCUCGUAUGGGAAUAAUAAUAACGGAAUUACAAUGCCAGCUGUCUAAACAACAGAACCAAUCAAAUACUAAGUCACACGAUGCGGAUUCUGAAACAGUAAUAGAACUUAGAGCCGCACUAGAAGCCGAAAGAGCUGGGACUGACAGACUCGGACGUGCUUUAGCUUCGGCUUUAGCCGACAACGCUACUUUAGCUGCACAACUACAUAUAAAUGAUAAUUUAAAUGAAGAAAAAAAUCAACCACAACCUGUAGAUGACUCUACAACAAAUAUAUGUCCGAUUGACUCAUUUCUAGCAGAU